UUAAACUGAAUGGAGUAACGGGUGGGGGUGUUUUGCUCUUCUUAGAUACAAGAUGUUCUUUUCACGGGCAGUGAAUCUUCCGUCUUUCCACUGCCUCUUUUCCUCCGUUUUAUUUUGUUAUUCCUAUCUUUUAAAGUAAAUAUUUCAAAUUAUAUAAAUAAAAUCUAAAGUCUUCCUACUGGCUGCUACAACCUUCUCAAGCUUUUCAGUGUAUUUAUCGUGUUAUCGCUUGACCCAGCUGAAUUAGGUGCUAGUUGUAGGGAAAGCAGGAAGAAGAAUCGCAAGAGAUGAACGGGAAAGCAUAGGUUUCACAUAAUUGGGUUUGCUAAUUUCUCGGGCUUGAAAUUGAUUUUAUGCAUCUGGGCUUGUGGUAUUUGUGAUGUGGAGUUUCUUAUCUAUCUCAUGGGCUAGCUUCUGCUUUGAUGUAGCCUCUGGUCACGCCUGGGUUUAAUCGAAGACUUUUUUUAAGGGUUUAUAAACUUUGGGCUAUGAUUAAGCAGAUACUUGGUAGGCAUCCACGGAAGCCGGCCAAGUCAUCUGAGAGUCGUGAAUUUGGGGGUCCUUCUGCCACUUCUGUAAACAAUUCUGCCAGUUCUAGAAGCAGUGAUCUUGUGAGUGAUAGGCCAAUAAAUUUGGACCAUAUGACUAUUUCGGAUACCAAUUCUGCUGUCAAUUUUGGGUGCAUUCAAGAAACUAAAUUUCCCCAAGUUGGACAUCCAAAACUGAAUGGCAAUGGAGUAAUUACUCCAUAUGAAGCACUACCAGGAUUCAGGGGUGUUCAGAGCUUUGAGAAGCAAAACUUGCUUAUUAGAAAACUGAACUUGUGCUGUGUUGUGUUUGACUUUGCUGAUCCAACCAAGAACUUGAAAGAAAAGGACAUCAAGCGGCAGACGUUGCUUGAGCUUGUGGAUUAUAUUACUUCUGCAAAUGGGAAAUUCACAGAGACUGUCAUGCAAGAAGUUAUAAAGAUGGUAUCAGUUAAUUUAUUUAGGUCCCUUGCACCACAACCCAGAGAUAACAAGAUUAUAGAAACCUUUGACCUGGAGGAGGAAGAACCUCUGAUGGACCCUGCAUGGCCUCAUUUGCAAAUCGUGUAUGAGUUUCUUCUGAGAUUUGUUGCAUCACCAGAAACAGAUGCAAAAUUGGCUAAAAGGUAUAUCAAUCACUCAUUUGUUCUCAAGUUAUUAGACCUCUUUGAUUCUGAUGAUCCCAGGGAGAGGGAGUAUCUGAAAACCAUUCUUCAUCGCAUCUAUGGAAAAUUUAUGGUGCAUCGCCCAUUUAUUCGUAAAGCCAUCAAUAACUUCUUCUUUUGUUUUAUUUUUGAAACUGGGAAGCAUAAUGGGAUUGCUGAGCUUUUAGAGGUUUUGGGCAGUAUAAUCAAUGGGUUCGCUUUGCCGCUGAAAGAAGAACACAAAUUGUUCUUGGUACGGGCACUAAUUCCCCUUCAUAAACCUAAAUGCCUUCCAAUGUACCAUCAGCCAUUGUCAUACUGCAUUACACAGUUUCUGGAGAAAGAAUGCAAACUUGCAGACACUGUUAUAAGAGGUUUGUUAAAGUAUUGGCCAAUCACUAAUAGUUCAAAGGAGGUUAUGUUCCUUAAUGAGCUGGAGGAAGUUCUAGAAGCAACUCAACCAGCAGAGUUUCAGAGAUGUAUGGUACCCCUAUUUCGUCAAAUUGCUCUGUGCUUGAGCAGUUCACAUUUCCAGGUGGCAGAACGGGCUUUAUACUUGUGGAGCAAUGAUCACAUUGAGAGCUUAAUCAGACAAAACCGGAAAGUCAUUCUGCCCAUUAUCUUCUCUGCCUUGGAGAAAAAUGGUUGUAAUCACUGGAAUCGGGUGGUCCAGAGCUUGACACUUAAUGUCCGCAAGAUGUUCUCAGAUAUUGAUCCUGAGCUAUUUGAGGAGUGCAUACACAAGUUUCAGGAGGAUGAACUGAAAGUGGGGGAGAUCAAAACAAAACAUGAUGCUGUAUGGAAACACUUGGAAGAGAUUGCCACAAAAAAACGCUGCAGCCAGUGAAUCCCUGUAUGAUACCUACCCUAACAUCUUCAAGCUAGUGAUAAGAAGAUAUUUUGUUCAGUUAAAAGGUUGCAAUUUUUACGGACUGGUGUGGUAACUACAAGAUGGUUGGUGUGCUUUAAGAGAUCGAAUGCUUGUGGAUUGAUGUCCGUACUCUUUGCUGCUUGUCCUUUGAACUGUCAAUACUCUUGAUGGUCAUUAUUUCUCAAUGCAGCAGUGCAGUCCAUUAGCAUGGAUACCUUCUACUGCUUACUCCCAAAACUGGAACUAUUACCAUAGCUCAGAUUCCCAUAAGGGGAUAUGGGAGUACUUUUGGUGUCGUUAUAGUUGAUUUUUGGGGAGUUACAUGAAGGAUUUAACCACAAUGACGGGUGAGUUAGGCACUUCGCUUUGAUUUUGAUCGGUUCUCAUAUACUUUCUGAACUGCUCAAUCUCAUUUCCUAUGUUGUAUAUAUAUAUUUGUCCAUUUGUUCUACAACGAAACCUUCGGCUUGUGCGUUUUCUUAAUUGUACAAAUUGUAGUGGAAGUGAUUGGACUUCAGUGGGGAUGCCAUGAUUGUUCUUUA